UUGUUGAUGAUCACUAGCGUCGAGCUUUGACCACAUCUUAAGUUGGGAGCUUCUUUUAAGAUAUAAUGAGGCAGCUUCAAGCAACAACAAAACCACCCAGGAGUAUAAUGAAGAUUUAUACGUUAUUAAAAUGACAAGUCCUACAGCAGAAUGGGAGAAGGUGGGGGAUAAAUUCUAUCGAAAAAUACAAUUAUAUACAGCCGUAUUUGACCAGGAUCUGGAGCUUGAGAACUAUGUGGUCACGGGAUGCUCAUACGGAGGAGCAAUUGGUGCGUUGUGUUGUUUCCUUCUGAUCGUCAGGGUGCAUUGUAUUGUCAGGAUUCUACUGGUAAACUUUGAGAGGUUCCAAUAUGAGGAGAGCAACGGCUACCGCAAUCGAAAUCUAUGUAAACCAUCAAAGGGCAGUUAGGGGUUGCGAGACAAAAGCUGCGUCGUUCCAUGACACCGCAAUCCUCCAAGAGUAGUGCUCCGAACGUAUGUAACAUCACGGAUGGGAUCCAUCAAAUAGUCGACGAGUUUUUGUCUUCAAAUAUCUGCAGACUACAUUGCGCAUCAUUUUACUUGCUUACAUUGUACUUAUAAUCCAGCUUUAUAUCGAGACGAAACGAAACUUCAAACUUUCAGAGGAUCGCAGGCAUCUAAAUCCAGUAUUGAUUUGUACAGCUGUGCUGGCAAGCUAAUUAGGAGAAUUAAUUGGGACCAAGGAUCUAUCAAAGGUCUCGGCUGGACCGAAGACGAAAAGCUCAUCGUAGUCACUGCUGACGGCACCGUACGAUGUUAUUACGACUUGCAAGGAGACUUUAAUCAAUUCUCUCUAGGAAAUGGUGCCGAGGAAUAUGGUGUAAGGGCUUGCAGGUUCGUAUUUGAAUUUAUUGGAUUUGGUACAAGCUCACAUAUCGAACAGAUUCUAUGGCACCGGAUUUGUGGCAUUGCUCUCCAAUAAUCAUUUGAUUUCAGUAUCUAGAUAUGAAGAACCACGUCCAAAACUACUAGCAACACCCCCUGAAGGUGAAGUUCAUUCGUGGACAUUAAUACCGCCAGCAUACACGCUAUCAAGAUCAGUUGAAGUUCUAUUGAGCAUCGGCCAGACUAUACAUGUAGCCGAUGCAACUGAGUCCGAAGAUCGUUUUCUAGACAUCGGACCUUUUACACAUAUCAGCGUAUCCCCAAAUGGCAAAUUUGUAGCCCUUUACACGGAAACAGGAAACGCAUAUGUCAUCACGAGCGACUUCCAGAAUAGAUUAAGCGAAUAUAAUUCAAGAUCGAAAACUCCACCAAAAGACGUUCAAUGGUGUGGUAAUGAUGCUGUGGUGAUUGCUUGGGAGGACGAAGUUCAUCUCAUCGGCCCCAACAAUGCUGCUGCAAAGUUCUACUAUGAUGGCCGAGUUCACGUAAUUGCUGGUUUGUAGCCUUUCUUGGAUCCACCGAGAUGUUUGUUAAUCACUGUGUAGAUCAUGAUGGUGUUCGAUUGAUAACCAAUGAUGUUUGCGAUUUCUUACAAAAAGUACCUGAAGUAACUGAUGAAACUUUCCGAUUCGGUACAGAGUCACCAGCAUCAAUACUAUUGGACGCUGUUGAGCAGCUGGAACAACAAUCUCCAAAAGCAGAUGAUAACAUACAAUUGAUUAGGCCUCAUCUAGUAGAGGCAGUCGAUACCUGUGUAAGUAAUUGACAUAAUAUUCUGAUACUACAACUGACCCAUUUCUAGGUUAAAGCGGCUGGCCAUGAAUUUAACAUCCAUUGGCAAAAGCAACUACUCAAAGCCGCUUCUUUCGGAAAAUCAGUACUUGACAUUUACAAUAGCGAUGAUUUUGUUGAUAUGUGUGAAACACUUCGUGUGUUGAAUGCUGUUCGAUAUUACGAAAUCGGCAUACCUUUAUCAUAUGAACAAUUUCUACGCCUUACUCCCGAAAAGCUCGUUAGGCGUCUCAUCAACCGUCGAGAAUAUCUGUUAGCACUCAAGAUUUCUGAUUAUCUGCGCCUUCCAACCGAUAGAAUAUACGUCCACUGGGCAUCACAAAAAGUACGCAUAGGUUCCGAAGACGAAGACACAAUUUGCCGUGCAAUCGUCGAGAAACUUUCCGGCAAACGCGGCAUCUCAUUUGAAGAAAUAGCUCGAGCAGCCUACGACGAAGGACGUGGCCGCCUAGCCACCUCUCUCCUAAACCAUGAACCCCGCGCCGGCAAACAGGUCCCCCUCCUCCUCUCAAUGGAAGAAGAUGAAAUCGCACUCGACAAAGCCAUUGAAUCCGGAGACUCAGAUUUGAUAAUCUACGUGCUGCUUCACCUCAAAAAGAACCUCCCCCUCGCCUCUUUCUUUCGCGUAAUUAAUACCCGACCCAUCGCCACCUCCCUCGUCGAAUCUUCCGCCCGCACAGAAGACUCCUCUUUUCUCAAAGACCUCUACUACCAAGACGACCGGCGCACUGAUGGCGCAGCCGUCUUCAUCCGCGAAGCCCUCCAACAACCCGACUCCCGCACCGCAUCCGACAAACUCGCCCUAGCCGCAAAACUCCUCUCGGACUCCAAAGAAACAUCCUUCGAACUGAAAGCUCUACACGAAGCCUCCCUACUCCUCCGCAUGCAAGAAUCCUUCGACCACGAGCUAACCGAAUCCUUCACCGGCCUCUCCCUCAACGAAACUCUCUUCAAACUAAUCAAACUCGGCUACACCUCCCGCGCCAAAAAACUCACCACGGAAUUCAAAAUCCCCGAAAAAACAACCACCUGGAUACGCCUCCGCGCCCUCGUCUCCAGACGCGACUGGUCCGCCCUAGAAGAUCUCUCCAAAACCCGCAAAUCCCCCAUCGGUUGGCUCCCCUUCUACACUCUCAUCCUCAACGCCGGAAACCAGAAAUUAGCAGCUGUCUUCGUUGAGAAAAUCAAAGCCCAAGGCGAGGUAAAAGGAAAGGAGAUUAUAGAGCUGUGGGAACGAUGCGCGAUGAAGACGAAAGCUGCGGAGGAAUGCGUGAGGAUGAAGGAGGUGGGGGAGUGGGAACGCGUUUUGGAAUCUUGUGCGUCUGGUUCGGCGGAGUUUAGGGAUGUGGAGAGGAUUGGGAUGCAGGGGGGUUUGAAAAAGUAGGUACUUAUACUUACUUGUAAGUUGAUGUGGGUUGAUAUAGGUGUUUGUAUGAGUUGUAUGAGUUGGGAUUUGGUGGAGAGGUGGGCUCAUGGUAAUGGAUUGGUAGUUAAAGGGUUAGAUCUAUAUGUGUGGUUUAUGAUGAGAGAGCUGGUUUUCAUUUUUAUACAUAUCAGAUCAAAUACAAAUAAAU